AUGGCCACCGGAUCGGCGGCGGACGCGAUGCAGCAGUUCCCCGACGGGGCGCACGUGCGGCUGCGGAGCCGCGUGCACGGCGGGUACCUCCACGCCGACGAGGACGGGGCGGGCGUCUCCCUGCGCUGGCUCCGCCGCCGGUCGGCGAACGCGGCGUGGCGGGUGCAGCGGAUCCUGCACGACGGCACCACCUGCGUCCUCCUCCACAGCGCCGCCUACGGCCGGUACCUCGCGGCCUCGCCCGACCCGGCGCCGCCGGGGCACCGCGGCCACCGCGUCGUCCAGGGGGACUACGGCGAGGAGGGCGUGGACCCCGUCCUGUGGAAGCCCGUCGGCUCGGGGCACGCCGGGUACGUCCUCCUGCGCCACGUCUCCUACCGCCUUCUCCGCGCCAACGGCAGGUACCGCCUCUGGCACGCCGGCGUCUCCGUCGACGACUUCGACAACCAGAGCACGAUGAUGCAUUGGAAGGUCGAGUCCAUCCCCCCGAGACCCGGGCCGCCGCUCCUCAUACCUCCAACUCCGGUCCAGCUCGUAUUGAGCAGCGGAGUUUCUGGGUUCUUCAAUCCUGCUCCCCUGCAUUUGAUUAAUCGAGAAGGCUUCCGCGGCCUGUUCCUCCUGCACGAGCCCGUGGUGCUGCAGCGAACGAUCCGGUACGUGCAGGCGGACCAUCAAGGCAACUUCAACCUGAACCCGAACGGCUGGGCCACGUUCCAGUUCCAUGGCCGGUCCGUGUUCAACCUGAGAUGGGAGGUGGCGACCCAUGUGGGCCUUGCGCUCUUCUUCUUCCGCGUCAUUGUGUGCGUCCGGGCCGGCCGCUACGGGCAGCCGACCCCGCUGUUCAUCGACCUGCCUCGCAACGAGGAGACCUUGGACGUCGUCGCCGUCAUUGCCGAUACACCAGGUGAGACAGUCUUUGCGUUUUUCAGUGGUCGCAUGGUGACAGAUGUUCAGUAG